AUGGCGACUAAUCUAAAAAGUUAUCUCAGAAACCGGAAAAGUCCUAAUGAAGGGAAAACACAAAACUCAAAAACCCAAUUUCUAUCGUUGCUGAUCGUUGUGCUGGUAUUUCUGCCAGUUAACUCCAAUCAGGACUAUCAUCAUGAUUGGAAAACGAUUGUGAAGUGGGUGUGUCAUCAGGCUCCCUAUCCCAUCCGCUGUGUCUCAUCUAUGGCAUUCAAUCCUGCUUAUCGGAAGCCCACGCUUGACAUUCUGUCUACCGUGGCCGUACAAGUAAGCUUACAAGGGGCACAAAAUGCCCGCGACUUUGCUGCCUCUCUUCACAAUCAUACCAUGGAUGAAAAAGAACGUGCGGCAUGGCAGGAUUGUGUAGAGCUUUUCAAAGACAGCGUGUAUCGUCUUAACAUGAACACCAUCAACAACGACGAAGCUCCGAUAUGGCUGAGUACAGCUUUGGCAAACCGGGAGGCCUGCUUGAACGGUUUUCGUGAUUUCAAUUUGACUGCAACCAGUACUAUUGCAGCUCUCAUGUCAACAACAACUCUUAACUUGUCAGAAAUGCUGAGCAAUUCUCUUUCAAUGUACAGUCUCUCCACAUGGUCACUGACAAAUCGCCACUUGCUAUCAACUAAAGAUCAACAAAAUGGAGACCUUUAUUCCCAUUAUGGUAGUGCCACCGAAGAAGAAUUUCCUCAGUGGUUGGGAGCCACAGAGAGGAAUCUGUUGCAAUCAUCAAGCCUGGCAGCUCAAGCUAACGUGGUGGUUGCCAAAGAUGGUUCUGGCAACUACCGAACAAUUGGAGAAGCAGUAAACGCUGCGCCACAGCAGAGCAGCAAGAGAUACGUUAUUUACAUUAAGGCUGGACUUUACAAGGAGAACAUCGACAUACCCAGCCAGAAAACUAAUUUGAUGUUCAUUGGCGAGGGCAGAGACAAAACUGUUGUAACUGGAAGCAAGAGCGUAGCAGAUGGUGUCACUACAUUCAAAACUGCAACUGUGGGUGUUUCUGGGGACGGAUUCAUUGCAAGAGAUAUGACGUUCGAGAACACAGCAGGGCCCGAGAAGCACCAAGCCGUUGCACUUCGAAUUGGGUCUGAUCGCUCUGUGGUGCACCGUUGCAGCAUCAAAGGCUAUCAAGACACUUUGUAUGUUUUCUCCUUCUGCCAAUUCUACAGCGAAGUAGAUAUAUAUGGCACUGUGGAUUUCAUCUUCGGCUACGCAGCGGUGGUGAUCCAGAACAGCAACAUCAUCGCCAGACGCCCUCUGGACCACCAGGGGAACACCAUAACUGCCCAUGGAAGAUCAGAUCCCAACGAAAGGAGUGGGAUUUCUAUCCACAACUGUAGAAUAAGUGCUGCCCCCGAUCUACAACGCGUGAAAGGGUCGAUCAACACAUACCUGGGAAGACCGUGGGGCAAAUAUGCUCGUGUUGUAGUCAUGCAAUCUGUUGUCGGCGAUUUGAUCGCUCCUGCCGGUUGGUCAGAAUUUGAAGGAAACCUUGCUCCUAGUACGUUGUACUACGGAGAAUACAUGAACAGCGGAGCUGGUGCAGCCACGUCCGGGCGGGUGAAUUGGCCUGGUUAUCAUGUUAUCACCAGUGCAAGUGAAGCCUCCAAGUUUACUGUUGGCCAAUUCAUUUCUGGAGAUGGGUGGAUUCCGGCUACAGGAGUUAGAUAUACAUCGGGAUUGAAGUGA